GCACAACUGGGGCUGAAAGCAGCUACUCGAGAUCGGCUUUUCUUCCCCUUCUUCUCCUCCUCCUCCUCUUUCUCUCCUCCUCCUCCUCCUCUUCUCUUUCUUUCUACCACAGCCACCCCCCACCCCCCAACUCCCCGGCCACUCUCGGGCCCCGACAAAGUUGCAAUAGCUGCCUCCCCUUUGCAGGCUGUUCGCAAGGCAGGGGAAAAGGGGUGGUGGCGGGGUGGGGAGAAUCCGGACUUUGCAAAUACCCUGCGAGCGAGCCGAGAGCAAGCGAGCGAGCGAGCAAGCGCGAGCGAGAGCUUCAUCGUCCGACAGACAAAGACUUUGCAAAAGGCAAACAGCCCCCCCUCUCCGCCCCCAAACUGCUGUUCCGCUGCCCUGCCGUGCCGGCGGGGCCGGGGCUGCCGCAGCCGCCGCUCCCCAUCUUGCACUGCAGCGCCCCCGCCCCCUCCCUCCCUCUCUCCCUCUCCCCAGCUUCUUCCUCGGCCGCUCCGGUGCAGGAGUUGAAAGUUUCUCUGCGGGCGAGAGUGGAGGCGCCGAGCCUGGAGUGAGCAGCAUUCGGUAGAGUCGCCGGCGACCGAGAUGGCUGGAGAGCUGAGCAUCGGCCCAGAGCUGCCCACCAGCCCGCUGGCCAUGGAGUACGUGAAUGACUUCGACCUCAUGAAGUUCGAUGUGAAAAAGGAGCCCCUAAGCCGGGCCGAGCGCCCUGGACGUCACUGCACUCGCCUGCAGCCUGCGGGGUCGGUGUCGUCCACCCCCAUCAGUACUCCUUGCAGCUCCGUGCCCUCGUCGCCCAGUUUCAGCCCUACCGAGCAGAAGACGCACCUGGAAGACCUGUACUGGAUGGCCAACAGCUACCAGCAGAUGAACCCGGAGGCUCUCAAUCUGACCCCCGAGGAUGCGGUGGAGGCGCUGAUUGGCUCCCACCAGGUCCCCCAGCAGCUGCAGGGCUUCGAGAACUUCCGGGCCCACCACCACCACCAUCACCAACAUCAGCACCACCACCACCAAUAUCCUGGCGUCAGCCACGAAGACCUGGCCAACGGAGGGCACCCCCACCACCAUCAUCAUCACCACCAAGCGUCCCCCACCCCGUCGACCUCCUCCACUUCAUCCCAGCAGCUGCCCAAUAACCACCCGGCGGCGCACCCAGCCUCUAGCAGCGUGGAAGACCGCUUCUCGGACGACCAGCUGGUGUCCAUGUCGGUAAGGGAGCUGAACCGGCACCUGCGAGGCUUCACCAAGGACGAGGUGAUCCGCCUCAAGCAGAAGAGGAGGACCUUGAAGAACAGGGGCUACGCCCAGUCCUGCAGGUAUAAACGAGUCCAGCAGAAACACCACCUGGAAAACGAGAAGACCCAACUCAUCCAGCAGGUGGAACAGCUCAAGCAGGAGGUGUCCCGGCUGGCCCGCGAGAGAGAUGCUUACAAGCUGAAAUGCGAGAAACUUGCCAGCAAUGGCUUCAGGGAGGCCGGCUCCACCAGCGACAACCCCUCCUCUCCAGAGUUCUUCAUGUGAGUGCGAAUCCCCUGCCCUCAUCCCCCUCCCCACCCCUUUCCCAUCUCUGACAUCUCCAUCCAUCCUCCUGCUGGAAAUAGAGAAAUAGGAAAGGGGGGGUGAAGAUGAAAAAGUUGAGUGAAAAAGGAACCCUUGGGCAGAGCAUCGUGCUCUCUCCAGCCUUCCUAGACUCGCUAUGGAAAAGUAGGGAGGGAGGCACCAAGCUCAACUUUUCGGAAGGUAGGAAGGAGCCUCACAGCCUUAGGGAGAGAGGCACAGGACAAGGUGGGCGAGGAAAGAGGUUUAUAAGUCGCUUGCUUCCUGAACUCUGUGGACUGAGAGAAGGGACAUUGACCAAGCCAUCCCUAAGAGCCCGCCCGCUGGCGAGGAAAGAAAGGAAGGAAGGACCUUGCGAAUGAGCAGCCAGCGCCUCGCGCAGGACUUAACCUGCUGCUCAGGAUGGAAAAUGCAAGAGGAGGGGAGAGAGACAGUGUGUGUAAAGUGUUCAUAUAAUGCCUCCUUUGAGACCUAGUGACCGAGGACUCAAAUGGGACGGUCAAUGCGAAAUAUCAUAAGUUUUGCCUGCUUGAUUAUAUAGAAAAAAACAUGAAAAUCUGCAUCAAAAAUAUUAAUCCUGCAUGCUGGACAUGUAUGGUAAUAACUUCUAUUUUGUACCAUUUUCCUGUUUAACGUUAGCAUGUUGUUGAUCACGGAUCAUCGCUUUUGGUUUGUUUCUCUGGGCAAGAAGGUGUCGCAGUUCUAACCCUUGGACUGCUGGGCGGGCAGUGAUCUUUUCUGUUCUGGUUGUUAGCUUGUAAAUAUCUGCCCCCAGGAAACCGCACAGAGGCGGCUCAGCAGGCUGGCAGGCUGUGUCUGGGUUUGGUGUUUUUUUUUUUUUAAGUAAAGAAAUAAAGUUACGGGCAUUUGCAUCUGCAUUCAGAAAGCAACUUUUUCUUUUUUUAAAUAUUGGGCGCACUUUGGAGUUGUGUUUUCCUUUCUAUACCCCUACCCCACCCACCCCCCUGUAGUUUUUCAUUUUGGUUUUUCUUUGUUGGGGACUGAGAACUGCUCGAGGUCACAGAGGGAAACAAACCAGGGAAGGGGGUGGCGGCGGAGGGAGAGCUAUCCCUUGGCAAUGGUUUCUGGCGGCUCCAGAAUUUAAAGAGGUAGAGACAGCCUGGAGUGCACCGCAGCCCGGGGAAGGGAGAAGGGUAGUUUAACAUUGGCAUUGGACAUUUUAUUUUCACCUCUUUAUAUCUGAAAUGUUAUACACUCAGGAAACAGAAGGGAGGAAAAAAAAGAUCUACAAUGAUUGUCUUGUAUGCUUCUCCAUUGUAACCAAAACCUUUUCUUGGCUCUCUCUCUCUCUCUCUCUCUCUCUCUCUCUCUCUCUCUCUCUCUCUCCUCUCUCUCCUUCCAUCCUUCUACCACCCCCACCCCCGGGUAAAAAUCCAGGCACGAUUCAGUAGUAGCAAUGCCCAGGAUGCUCCCUUCCUGGGGUUAGUUUAGGGUCGCCUGUAAAAGGCGAUCUGUCCUGCUCUGACCUUCAGUUGGGUUUAGCCUGUGGCCAUGGAAGGGGACACACUCUGAAUGUACUGGAAACGAAAACGUUGGUGAGAAAGAUCGCAACUUUUAAGUGCGUUUUUUGGUGAAACAUGUUCUCUGUUUCUUUCUUUGCUCGGGCAGCAAGUGAGCUUCUUCUCAGUUGUACAGUAGUCAUAAGGCGUCUCUGGGUGUUUUUAUUACUUUUUUUUUUCCUGCAGGUCAGUAAAAGGAUUUAAGUUGCACUGACAAAAAUACCAAAAUGAAAACGUAUUUUUUAUUUCUCUUUAGAAUACGCUGGCACUGCUGGCCGGAUGCAUUUUAAGUUUGUAUUAGUUUAUAAAUUAACAGUAAUAUCAGGAUUGUAUGAACAGCAUGGUGCUUGCAGUUUUAAAUAUCGUGGGUAUUAGUCAUGCAUCAGAAACGAUCUUUGGUUUUUACUGAUUCAACUGUGUUGAAAUCAAACAUGCAGCAGCAAAAUUGUUUUUAUUUCAUGUAAAGUAAGGGAUCAAUUUUAAAUCCUGCUUAUGAUAUGAAAAAUAUUAAAACCUAGUCUAUUGUAGUUUUAUUCAGACUGGUUUCUGUUUUUUGUUAUUAAAAUUGUUUCCUAUUUUGCUUAUUAAAAUCAUUGAAAUGGCAUUUAUUUUGAGAA